AGUAUCUAGAGUUACUUCCCUUUGCAUACAUCAUGAAGCUAACAAUAAUGUACAUCAUCUGUGUUCUUACGUUGGUUUUAUGUGGAGAAAUGAUCACGGGAUCAUGUGAUGUUAAGCUAGAAGGUUCCCUCCUGAAAGAUGUAGUUGAAAUGUUGUUAAAGAAAGAUUCAGAUAAAGGCUGUGCAUUGUUCAAUAGGAAGAAAAUUCCUGCCUUUUCUGCUGCUAUGACAAAGUCAAAAUCACUUUCAUCAAAGGAGAUAAUAAAGUUUAAUAAAGUUUUCACAAACAUUCAAAAUGGCUACAAUCCAAGCACUGGAAUAUUUACUGCACCUAUUGCUGGAGUAUAUCAAUUUUCUUCAGUGGUUAUGAGUGAUAAUGGAAAAUUCUUGGUUGCAACUCUUUGGCUCAAUGAUACCGUAGUAUCCAGUGUGUACAUUAAAGGUUCGGCUUAUCAGACAGGGGCACUCAGUAUGAUAUUGGAUGUACAGAAAGGGGAUCAAAUAGCUGUAAAGUCGUAUGGCAAUUACGUUAUUUACAGCGACUCACUGAAUUACAGCACAUUUUCGGGUAGUCUUAUUUCUCAAUAAAUGAUAUUAAAAUUUU